GAAAAAAUGUCUAAAAGCAAAUCAAGGAAAACUCGUUUUUAAAAUAGUCUGAAAUACGGAGGUCUCCCAUCAGAAAUGCCUUCAGCUGAUCUUCCAACAUUUCGUCAAGUAAUUCAGUUUUUCUAUUUCACUGUAAACAAUAACCAAAACAUUUCAAAACAGAAUCUACUAGAAGAGGUUGAAAAUUCUCUGAGUACUUUGUGGAAUAAAGUAAAGCCACGUCUUCCUCUUCUUCAGAGAAAUUCAAUCUUAAGAAAAUUACGAAAUCUUUUUGAAAGAGUAAAAUCUAUAAACCGAGGACGUUGUAAAUCUAAAAGUAAGGAGUAUCAAGAUUUGAUUUUAGAUAAACUCUUUGAUAUUUCAGCAUGUACUUGUGAAUUAGCAACUGUUUUAUGUAAUGACAGAGAUGUUAAGUGUAGCAUCAUCAAUUGCCAAGUAGAGCACAUCUUGUGUCUUUAUAAAACUAGAAAGGUAAAUGAUUCUGAGGAAGAAUAUAAUCCAGUAAAAAGUUCUCAAUAUAAUUUAAUGAAACUUGAUAGAUUUGCAAUGGAGGCUGUCAGGUAUAUAAAAUUUUUAUACAUAUUGAGUUUAGAUAAGAAUUUUUUAUAUAUACUAUAUUAAAAGUGUGAAAAAAAAAAACAACAUUUUUCAUCCCCAGUAAGUGUUUUUUUUAAUAUGGGAGGGUGAAUAUAGAAUGUUAAAGGAUCACAUAUAGAUAAUAUACUUUGCUUUUUCAGAUUUGUUUAUUUAUUUCAUAGUUUCUUAAUUGUUGGUAUGAUGUCUCAUCUCGUGCUGCAGCUGCACUAGCAAAUGCUCUAUUUCUAGAUUUUAGUUGUAGAUCGAAGCAAAAUUGAGAGGUAAAUACUAUUUCAUUAUAUAAGUUAGACAAAUAUAAAUAUAUCUCUUUAUUUAAUAGUUUAUAUAAAUGCUCAUUUACAAAACAUUUAAUAUGAUAUUUAGCUAAAUAUAAUACUUUGAGUUGUUUUAUAGAGAGAAGAAGAAAGUAAUGUCAAGGUAUGGUAAUCAACAUGAUGAUAAUUUAAGUAACUAGGUGUAUUUGGGUUUUGAUGGUAAAGAUGAUAAAAAUGUUCUUCAGUUUAAGAAUGUCAUUGAAAAUGGAGAAACUUGGUUGUCGAGAGUUACUGAAAAAGAACAUCAUUUAACUUUUACUAAUGAAAAUAGUUUUAAAAAUGGUUCAUAUCUCUCUAAUAAAAAUCUUCCAUCAAAUGGUGCAACUGGUUUGCUUCAAAGUGAAAUUGUAUAUGUUCUGAAAGAGUAUGAUAGUUUAAAUUCAGUACAAGCUCUUCUUCUUGAUAAUACAAAUGUCAAUACAGGUUUCAAAACUGGAAUUGUUGCAUGUUUAGAAAAGAAAUUA